AUGUGGUGGUGGAAGAUUUUGACAGUUGCUGCCAUUGGGACAGUACAUGCGGCAUCCCGAGACCAAUGGCUCGGUCGGUCGGUCUACCAAGUAGUCACCGAUCGCUUCGCUCGAUCCGAUAACUCAACCACCGCUUCUUGUGAUACAGGAUUGGGAAAGUAUUGCGGUGGGAGCUUACAGGGUAUCAUAAAUAAGCUGGAUUAUAUUCAGGAACUCGGCUUCGAUGCAGUUUGGAUCUCCCCCGUGCAAAGCCAGGAGUCAACUCGCACAGCGGAUCUCUCAGCAUACCAUGGGUAUUGGCCAAAUGACCUGUAUUCCAUCAACUCCCAUUUUGGCACUUCCGAUGACCUCCAAGCUUUAUCCGCAGCGUUGCACGCGCGUGGCAUGUACUUGAUGCUGGACAUUGUUGUUGGUGACAUGGCCUGGGCUGGAAAUGCCUCCACUGUUGACUACAGCAAGUUCAAUCCAUUCAAUGAUCAGAAGUAUUUUCACGACUACAAGCUGCUUUCUGAGGACCCCACAAAUAACACCUGUGUUCUGGAUUGCUGGAUGGGAGACAACACCAUAUCGCUUCCAGAUCUGCGAAACGAGGAUCAGGAAGUCCAGCAGAUUCUGGGCACCUGGGUUUCGCAGUUGGUUUCGAACUACUCAAAGGCCUUCAACACGACCAAUGGAGACUUAACCAGGGUCAUACAGUCUGUCGACUACAUCAGGAAAUCUUGCGACGAUGUACUUCCCUUGGGAACGUUCACAUCGAAUCAGGAUGUCCCGCGCUUUGGCUCGUAUACUUCAGACAUAUCGCUGGCGCGCAACAUUCUCACAUUCAAUAUACUCGCUGACGGUAUCCCCAUCCUCUACUACGGGGAAGAACAGCACCUAUCAGGUGGGUUCAAUCCUGUCAACCGGGAGGCCCUAUGGCUUACUAAAUACUCGAUGAACUCGACCUCGCUACCUUUGCUGGUCCAGUCGUUGAAUCACAUUCGAUCCUAUGCGAGCCGCGACGGAGGAAAAUCCACGAAGUCGGGGAGCGACUAUUUGUCGUACCUCUCAUUGCCAAUCUACAGCUCAACAAACAUCUUGGCCAUGCGCAAGGGAUUUACCGGUAACCAGGUUGUGACUGUAGUGUCCAACCUGGGAGCCAAGCCAGCCACCAAUGCCACCACCCUAAUCACGCUUGGUUCAGACGGCACAGGGUUUUCAUCCGGACAAAAUGUGACCGAGCUCUUGUCUUGCAAAACAUUUGUGACUGAUUCCAGUGGCAAUAUCAGUGUGGACCUCAGCUUGGAUGGAGGCCCGAGGGUGUACUAUCCUACUGAAAGCUUGAACCGAAGCACUAAUAUUUGUGGAAAUCACACCCAAACAUCUGCAGCCUCGUCAGCAAGUCCAAGAACUUCCACUGGCGCGGGGAUGUCCAUGUUCGGCUUGUCCUGGGGGAUAAGCCCAUUGAUAGUCACGGCUGCUUUGACCACGUCCUACAUUUCCAUCUAA